CAUCUGAAUCCCGACCUAAAAUCCCACGGAAUUGAAAACGUCCAUAUCAAAAUAAUUUAAUCAGUCUAACAUAACAUCUUCUCACAUACAUACACCCACUGAAAAACUUAUUAUCUAUCUUGAAUAUCUUGUUUCUUAUUGUUUAGUGAGAUCUUUAACAAAGCGGUCCUCAGGAAGAUCAAACAACCGAAGGAGAGCAAGCACCAUAGCUUUCUUAUGUCAUACGCUUCAAGACUCGAAUAGAAUCACCCUUGCCGAUUCCAUAACACCUCAAUAGAAAGAACGCUCACUCUUCUCUUGAGGAGCUUUUGCACUCACGUGACCGAUAUUCAUGAGAUACGAGCUGCCUCUCUCGAUCAUUCGUCCUCAUCAUGGAUGACUUCUUAGAUACCACAGGAAUUGAUCUGAAUAACAAAUCAAAUCUUUCUAUUUAUAUACAAUUGAUUACCUUCAGAAAAGGCUCGGCGGAUGAAAUAGUCAUUGAUGUACGAGAAGAUUCUCAAGUCGAGACUGCUCGAUGUCUGUCCAAACGGCUGGACUUUCGAUUUCGCUAUGCAUAUGAUACUCGCAAAGCCACUAUCACUCGGAACUCAUCUCUUCAUACUUUGGAGGUAUCCGACCUGUACAAUUAUCAGACUGAUUUGCAAGGAUCGUUUUAUCAUGACUUGAUAAUUGAUACCGGAGACUCAAACAUGGAUGUGAGUAUCUCUGCAUACCAAGAUUUCUUAGCACCACUACCUGAAUUCUCGGGUGAUUUCGAUGCAUUUGCGCAAGAUAUGGGACUUUCAGAUGAGCGGUCCGCCAACAUGCAAUUGAAUGAUUUGGACCUGGACAACAACACCUUUGGUACUUCUACAAACUUUCAGAUCGAGUAUAAUGGCGACGAGAACCUGCCAGAUUGGUUUGAUCUGGUAAAUAUUGUGGACCAAGAUCACUUUGACCCAGACACCAACAUGCUGGAUGAUACUCGGCUCGACAAUAGUAUUUUUGAGAACGCACAUGAAUCAAGCGAAAGUCUUCAAUUGGUAAUAGAUACUCCGGUCACUAGCGGAAUUCAGAACUCUAUAACCGAUAUACCAGCAUGGAGAGACACACCUUCAGCUUCUGUGGCAGUACUAGACAUACCAACACCUCGACCUCUUAGUCCUGUAGAGCCAGUCCACAGUGUGCCAUCAAAGAAUUCACAGUCACAAGGAAUCGACAUUGUUGUCAAACCUAUUCUGAAUCGAAGCGACUCUAGCCUUGGCAAUACACCAUCAAGCUUUCAAGAAGGGGUUUUUAGUUCGACGCCCGGUUGUUCGAGUAUGCAAACUACCUAUGGAUCUUCACCUCAUCGUAUGGGCCCUUUGGACUCCGCCACACGUGCCAAAGCCAAUGCUGUAAAAGCUAUAGGAGCUUGUUGGCGCUGUAAGUUCUUACGAAAGCCAUGCGAUGCACAAAACUGUUGCAUUCAAUGUAAAGGGAAGCAGGGUGGACCGUGGCACAGUGUUGGAUGCAAACGUGGCGAUAUCAAAAAGAAAAUGCUCCCGAUAUCAUUGUGUUCCGAAACAGCCAUUCAAACACGGGAUGCAUCUACAUCGGAAAUAUACAAGCCAUGGCUUUCUGCGAACCAAUGUCGCAUCGAGAUAUCCAAACGUCGCAAAAAUGAUUUACGUCCCGAGAUUAUGAACGCUUCACGCCCCACGAAAGUUGGUCAAUUUCUUCAAAAUUUGGCAAGUAGUAGGCCGCUAGCCGUUGAUCUACAACGAAACAGAUCAUCCUUGUUAGCAAGAUUCAAAGAUACUGCACCAGCUGUAUUGGAGCCGCUUGAUGACUGCAUUUUGACCAUACUUUGGGGAUUUCUCAAUUGUGAAAGUGCAGAAAAAGCACUUCAUCCCUGGAUAAAAUCACACAAUGGGACCAUAGAAGAUUUUAUAUUACUUUUACAUUCUGCAGCUAUAUAUCAGGCAAGUUUUGAAAGUAAUCAACUAAUUGCUUACUCACUCACCUGUCUUCGCACUUGCGUCGAAGCUCUGCACAUCUACACAUUAGGGGGCUUCGAGAAUUCGCAUGAAGCAUGUGAAUCAUCUGUUUGUAAGGUCGAUUGCAUACGGGAUCUUGAAUUACAAAUAGAACAGUACCUGGAUGAACUAUCUCGAGUUAUCUUUCUGAAAGAAAACAUGCGAAACCGAUUCUGGUGGCUGUCAGCUUUCUACAGUCUUUGUAUUCAGGGGGUUGUUCGACAAGCAUUAGUAUUAUUAUCCUCUAAUGACCACAACGAGACAUCGAGAAUUGAGAAGUCGAGUUCUGCACAAUAUUUACACAUUGCAAUUCGGUUAUUCUCUGUGAGUUCCGGCACACACGAUCCGCUAAUUCAAGACUGGUCUUCUCAACUUGCGUUCUCAUCGGCUGGAAUCGGAGCGCCAAGUGUCGAAGAUUACCAAAAUGCUCAAUCAGCGAUCAAUCAAUCCCAGUGGAAGUUACAAGGUAUCAAUAAAUCUGGUAAUUAUCUGAAGAGGCUGUUCGAAGACAAUGGGGGUCCUCUCGCAGAACCCCACGACGAAUCUGUAAUACUCACUAUCCUACCCGAACCAUAUCUUCCCAAAGCCUUUACUUUAGAAACAUGUAGCCAACUUCGCGCCGAUUGGGAUCUAGCUCGAUGCAACUAUACGAAGAAUUUAUUACAAAUUGUCAAGGAUUAUGGACACAGCUCAAAAGCGUAUACUGAUGCGGAAGAGAAAUGGGGACUAGUGGAGGCUGAGUGGAAAAGGGUAAGCGACGAGGCUAUGACGAACACCGUUAACCAAGCGCACAACGGCCGUGAAACAUCAAAGCCCCUUCUUCCAGAGAGAUAGAGCGUUUUGAUGAGCUCCCAAGUGAGAGGGUAUCAAACUAUCUUAUGAAAGCCUCGGGAAUACUGACGUUAGAUGCGACGCUAGAUGUCGGGCAUCCUCGAAAUUGCUUCCACCUCAAAUUACCCCGCCCAAUUUCCGAUUUCAUUUCUAGCAUUCUUUGCCCACUCUCUCUGCUUUCUCAAGCGUCAAUUACGCCGCCCUCAAAGCCGAGUCUCUCUCGCUUUAGCCGAGCAAUGAUAAGACUUACUGGACGAGAUACAAUCUGAAAGAAAGAAAAGCACCUAAGUUUUCAACCCGUUGAAGUCCAAGAGAGUCUGCGAUCAACAACUUAUGAAAGUUCAAACAACCUUUUAUUCAGCACGAGGUCACCGCAGUGAGCUCCCAUUUGUGGUUAAAGUUCUAUACUUUAUUUUCAUCAAUCCAGAUGGAUGAUCUGGAAAUAUCUGAGAAGUCAACAUGUAUCUGGAGAAAUGGAAGAUCUGAAAGAAAACUCGCAGGUAGAAGGGCCAGGAGAUACGCAUCCACUACACAAAGAACGCGAGGAGUUGAUCCCAGUAUAUCCAUUAAGAUGGGUUUAAAAAGCUACUAGAGACUGGCCGAUCUGUGCUUCCUUUCGGACGUUUCCAAAUCGAUUCUUUUUGGAGGUUCAAUCCAAUGGGUGAAGGGAAGUUGAGAUAUCAGAAACUCCCAAUGUGUAGACAAAUAUGAGGAGAUAGCUGGCUUUCUCGUCUGCUGUUAUAUACGGGAGAUAUAAACAUCGGUGAUGAGGAGUAAGAUUCAAUGUUACAUGUAUGGAUG